AUUUCUUUCUUUCUGAGAAUAAGAAUAGUUAUUGGCCAUGGCAGAGAGGAAACUUCUCCAAAGAGAUAGUGACGAUGAAGGGUCGUUGCUGUCUAAACUGGGGACAGACAGCCCGAAACCCAGGGUCAAAUUCGGCGGCAUGUUCUGCAACGUGGAAGGCGCUUAUGAGAAUAAAACGUUAAAUUUUGAGUCGUACAACAGCAGCCCCCAGUCUGUGAGACGGCAUGUUAAGAUUAAGAACGAGGAGAAAUGCUGGUCGGAUACUUUCAGUGACACCGGGAGUGUGAGUAACUUCUCGUCGGUCAGUGAGACCAGACCAAGUGGAGACAGAGCAGUUGGGACCGAAACCGGCUCCUCCCGGAGUCAAAUCGUUUACCAGACUGGACCUGGACACAACCGUGAGCACAAUGGAAAACGGGAGACUGAUCGCCUCAUUAUCAAAGGAGGAAAGAUCGUUAAUGACGACCAGUCUUUCUACGCAGACGUCUAUGUGGAGGAUGGCUUCAUCAAGCAGAUUGGUGAGAACCUUUUAGUUCCAGGAGGGGUGAAGACGGUUGAUGCCUACGGACACAUCGUGAUCCCCGGUGGCAUCGAUGUGAACACCAGCCUCCAGACCUCCCAGCUGGGAAUGAGCCCUUCAGAUGACUUCUACCACGGGACCAAGGCUGCCCUGGCAGGGGGCACCACCAUGAUCAUUGACCAUGUGGUCCCCGAGCCUGGUGCCAGCCUCCUGGGGGCCUACGACCAGUGGAAGGACAUAGCAGACAGGGGGUCCUGCUGUGAUUACUCUCUCCACAUGGACAUCACCCGCUGGCACGACGGACUCUUUGAAGAGAUGGAGAGCCUGGUGAAGAAUAAAGGAGUCAAUUCCUUCUUGAUCUUCAUGGCAUACAAGGACAAAUUCCAGAGCUCAGAUAGUCAGAUGUAUGAGAUGUUUGGUAUCAUUAGAGACCUGGGGGCCAUCGCUCAGGUUCACGCUGAGAACGGUGACAUCAUUGACGAGGAGCAGAAGCGACUACUGGAGCUGGGGAUCACUGGGCCUGAGGGACAUGUGCUGUGUCACCCAGAGGAGGUGGAGACAGAGGCAGUGUACCGGGCCAUCACCAUCGCCAAGCAGGCCAACUGUCCUCUCUACAUCACCAAGGUGAUGAGCAAGUCGGCUGCUGAUGUCAUCGCCAAGGCCCGGAAGAAGGGCAUGGUGGUUUAUGGCGAGCCAAUCACAGCCAGCCUUGGGACAGACGGAUCACACUAUUGGAGUAAGAACUGGGCUAAGGCAGCAGCGUUCGUCAUGUCCCCGCCCCUCAGCCCAGACCCCAGCACCCCUGACUACCUCAACUCCUUGCUUUCCUGUGGAGACCUUCAGGUGACGGCCAGUGGCCACAGCACCUUCUCGACGGCCCAGAAGGCUGUUGGGAAAGACAACUUCACCCUCAUCCCUGAGGGAACUAACGGCAUCGAGGAGAGGCUAUCCAUCGUCUGGGAGAAGGCUGUGGCGACAGGCAAAAUGGAUGAGAAUGAGUUUGUUGCGGUGACGAGCACCAACGCUGCCAAGCUGUUCAACCUGUAUCCUCGUAAAGGAAGGAUCGCUGUGGGGUCAGACGCAGACAUCGUGAUCUGGAACCCCAAGGAGACCAAGACCAUCUCAGCCGCGACCCACGCACUGACAGUGGAGAUUAACAUCUUUGAGGGCAUGGAGGUCCGGGGAGCCCCGGUUGUGGUGCUCAGCCAGGGGAAGAUCGUCCUGGAGGGGGGAAAGCUGAACGUCACAGAGGGCUCUGGACGCUUCGUACCCAGAAAGGCUUAUCCUGACUUCAUCUACAAGAGGAUCAAAGCACGCAGCAAGAUGGCUGAUGCCCGUGGCGUCCCCCGAGGGAACUAUGAUGGACCGGUCCAUGAUGUCAUCAGCAUGACUAAGUCAGUGCCGGCCACUCCCUCCAGCAGGGGGCCCCAGUGCCCAGGGAAGGGCCCCCUUGGCCCCACCAGGAACCUGCACCAGUCUGGUUUCACCCUAUCCGGUAUGGGAACUCAGAUUGACGACCACAUCCCACGACGCUCAGCACAGAGGAUCGUGGCGCCACCCGGUGGCCGCUCCAAUAUCACCUCCCUGUCGUGAACCUGGGAGCUCCUUGCUCCUCACGUCUGCUGUAGGGAGAAAAAUAAAUCAACUACUGUAGCAACAACCAACGACAUCAACCAAAACAAAUCUCACCCGGCUUCCAGAACUAAACUCAACAGUGAAACCUGAACAUGCAAUCCUCUUCUCAGAUACAACUGUAAAACAGUAUACAGAUUAGAACUACAUUUACCACAAGUAGUUACCACCAGUAUACAGCAUAGAACUACAAAUACCACUAGUAGUUACCAGUCAUUCUAUUUCUAUGGUAGACACACCAACUGAUAAAACCCACCAUCUUAGUACUUUGAUCUGUUAUCCUUUAUCAAUAUUGUGAUCAAUUCCUCAAUCAAUUUAUCUCAUCACCCAUCAAUAGUCAACUGUCCCUGUCAGAUCUCCAUAGCAUGCAGCUUAAACAGUCUCUGUCUCCUCAGUCAGACAACCGUCUCUCUCAUCGUCUCCUCAGCUUCACUAUAGCUUUACUAACAUGGUGAUACAUGAGUCCUAGAUGAAAGUAGUUCUCUUUAGACCACCGAAUGCCUCUCAGCUCUCUCUCUCUCUCUCGUCGUAGUGAUGCCUGCUUCUGCUUUCGCUUCAGUGCUUCUAAGAAACUCUGUAGUUGAGUCCAACAUGGAACUCUAUUCCCUAGAUAGUGCACUAGAGGACAAAAGUAGUGCGCUAUCUAGGGAAUAGAGGGCCAUUUCAGACUGACGCGAACUUGUUGUCUCUCUCUGGUGUUAUUUAGUCAUGGCUGUAGGCUAUUUAGACUUCAUCUUACCGUCUCUUACUGUUAUGCAUGACUUUUCCUCUUCAUCGUUACUCAUUACAAAUACAACAAGGAAAAUAAGUGCGUAUUACUGUUACUGUGAACAGACUGUAGGGACAGUCCUCUAGUCACACUUGUCUUACUAUUAUUAUCAUGUUUUAUCCCAAUGCAGGUGAGCUAACUUUGCUUCCAUGGUAUAUUCAGUCAGGAUAAGAACUUCACCAAUCUUUCUAUUCAGUCAGAAUAAGAACUUCACCAAUCCUUCUAUUCAGUCAGAAUAAGAACUUCACCAAUCCUUCUAUUCAGUCAGAAUAAGAACUUCACCAAUCCUUCUAUUCAGUCAGAAUAAGAACUUCACCAAUCCUUCUAUUCAGUCAG